AUGUCCUUCACCACUCGUCCCACCACCUUCUCCUGCAAUUACUGGUCCCUGGGCUCAGUUCAGGCGCCCAGGUACAGUGUGCGGCCCACCAGCAGUGCAGCCAGCAUCUAUGCAGGCACCGGGGACUCAGGCUCCCGAAUCUUUGAGUCCUGCUCCACCAGUUUCCAGGGCAGCUGGGGAACCAGGGGCCUGGCCACAGGGAUAGCCGAGGGUCUGGCAGGGGGCAUCCAGACCAAGAAGGAGACCACGAAAGAACUGAACAAUUGCCUGGCCUCAUACCUGGACAGAGUAAGGAACCUGGAGACUGAUAAUCAGAGGCUGGAGAGCAAAAUCUUGGAAUACCUGGCGAAUAAGGGGCCCCAGGUCAGAGACUGGGGACAUUACUUCGAGACCAUCAAGGACCUGAGGGCUCAGAUCUUCGCAAAUUCUGUGGACAAUACCUGCAUGGUUCUGCAGACUGACAAUGCCCAACUGGCCAUGAUCCAGUCUGUGGAGAGUGACAGCCAUGGGCUCCGCAAGGUCACUGAUGACACCAAUGUCACUCAGAUGCAGCUGGAGACAGAGAUCAAGGCUCUCAAGGAGGAGCUGCUCUUCAUGAAGAACCAUGAGGAGGAAGUAAAAGGUCUACAAGCCCAGACUGCCAGCUCUGGGUUGACUCUAGAAGCAGAUGCUACCAAAUCCCAAGACCUAAGCAAGAUCAUAGCAGACUUGCAGGCCCAGUAUGACAAGUUGGCUCGGAAGAACCAAGAAAAGCUGGAUAAGAGCUGGUCCCAGCAGAUUGAGGAGAGCACCUCAGUGGUCACCUCACAGUUUGCUGAGGUCGGAGCUACUAAGACAAUGCUCACAGAGCUGACACACACAGUCCAGUCCUUGAAGAUCAAACUGGACUCCAUGAGAAAUCAGACGUUCAGGUUGGAGGACAGCCUGAGGGAGGCGGAGGCCUGCUAUGCCAUGGAGAUGGAGAAUCCCAAUGAGGUCCUGCUGCAUUUGGAGUCAGAACUGGCACAGGCCUGGGCAGAGGGGCAGUACCAGGCCCAGGAAUAUGAGGCACUGCUGAACAUCAAGGUCAAGCUAGAGGCUGAGAUUGCCACCUACCGCCGCCUGCUGAAAGACGAUGAGGACUUCAACCUUGGUGAUGCCCUAGACAGCAGCAACUCCAUGCAAACCAUCCAAAAGAGCGCCACAUGCAGGAUAGUGGACAGCAAAGUGGUGUCUGAGACCAAUAACACCAAAGUUCUGAGACACUGA